AUGUCGGACACCCUGGCGCUAUCCUCCACCAGCCGCAACAUGCGGACACUCUUUCUGAACAACGCUUCCAGCAUCAUCUCUGCGGUCUGUAAGAACGUAGACCUACUAUCUGCUGCCGAAAUCCUGAUCGAGACAAUCUUCGAAGUCGCAAAAAUCCGUGUGCGUGUCCAGAUACCGAAGACUAUCACUUCCACAACAACGUAG